CAGCACUGAUUUCUGCUUGGUGAUCUGGAGGGCCCUCUGCUCAGCUUUUGUUCAUCGCUUUUUAUGAAGGAAUUUUAGCACCUCCAUCGCGUGCAGCUCAGUUUGACCCGUAAACCCGCUGCUGCUGCACAGCAGUUAACACAGCAGCACGUUACCAAGUUACCACGGCCGCCUGUCUGCUCCUAAUUCAGCUCCUACAGGGCUCCUUUAUUAGGCAAUAUGUAGGGUGCAUGUCCUAUGAAGCAUGCUAGCUUGCCUUUCUUGGAGUGAAGGGAAAUAGGAAGGCAAUUCAUAUUAAAGUAUAUUUUCCCGAUGGAUUCGCUGAUAGAUUGAAAUGUGCAGAGAAGGUUACAAAUGGGACCUGUACUAAUAUGGGAUGUUUAUGUACUCCACGUCAAACAAGAGCACCUGGGAUAAGCAGUUUUUAACUAGCUAGUAGUUAUGUUCUAAAUCUCUGCAAGCCUGAUUCUGUGUUACUGAUUUCUCAGAAGUCACCUUCCCUACCAAAGAGCAAUUGAAGUGCUUGGUUAUACCCCUGUAUUACAAGAUAUAAGAACCCCUUUAACUACCAUUUUAACAGCAGCCUUGAAGGCUUUCUAAUUUAUUCUUAUCCUGUAAUUACCAGCUGAAGCAGUGACAAUCCAAUCAGAUGUUUUCCCAGGCCUCCUUAUCCCGUGCUUAAUCCGUUUCACCCCCUCCCUGCCCUUACAGGGCUGUUCCUUUUGCUGUCCGUGCUGAGGAUACCAGUGGUCCUCUUGUGAUUAACAGUGAUGCAAUCAGAGUUAUAAAAAGGCAGUUAGUAAAGAACAAGCAAGCUGUUCUAAACUUAGGUUAACCUGAAGCUAGCAAUGAAGUAUCCUCCAGUUCCUUUGGUGACUGAGCUGACUUUGCCUAUUUUCUUUUGCCUUUCUUUGCCAUAUGUACUAAUACUGAUCAUAGUAGUGAUCUGGCUACGGCUCCUACUUAAUGAAGAAGAGAUCCCUCCUGCAGAAGAAACUAAGAAACAGUCUCUGAUUGCUGAUGUGUCUCAUUCUGAAUCUAAAUUUGAAGAUGAACCAACAGGUGAUGAAAGCCAGGAUGAUACAGCAAGUACAGAAUUUAAAGAGGACAAACAAUCUAGUGGCCCAGUGGGACAACCAAGGCCCAAACCUGCUUAUCUGAGUUCAAAGCCAAAAGCAAACUGCCAUCUCAGACGGCUGGUCCCAGAACCAAAGAUAAAACCCUCCCACGUGGGAAGGAAUGUUCUCUGUAACAUCAUGAUGCUGCUGUGCUCCAUGCUUUGUUCUCUCACCUGGACUUUUCUCAGCCAUUUGCUCCAGAUCUGUAACGUCCUGAGGAUUCAGCUGCUGCCAUCCUCUCUGGUUGUCGAUGUGGCUCAGCUUUAUGAUUUGCUGCGUGGAAAUGUUGUGAAAAUCCUGGGCUCCCCAAGGCUACAAAGCAGAGGGCUGUUAACUUCAAUCCUCGGGAUGAGAUACAAGAAAACAGAACAGAGUGCAGCUCAGAGGACUGCCUCAAGGUAGCAGUGAAGCUGGUAGUUCUAUGACCUUUAGCAGCAAUCCUGUUCAGCAUCAGUGAAAGCUACUCUAGCGUGGUUAGGGGAGGUUAAUUCUCUAAUAAAGAAAUGCAGUCAGGACUAAACUGAUGCACUCAGGUCACAACAGCUGUUUUCCAAGUGACCAGUAUUGACUGGUUGUAUGUUAUUAAAUGAACCACAGCAAGUAGCAUCUCAUGGCAGAGCUUAGACGUGUGCUCUGCUACUCUCCUACUGCAAAGUAUAAAUCACUUUCAGAGUGACUAAACACCCUUUAGCAUGUAUGGAGCUGUGCAGAAUACAUCCCUUUUAGCACAUGAGGUUGGAUUCCACUGCCAGAGACAGUCCCUGCCAGCUCCGUGGGGCCACGAGGGGGCUAUGCUAUAGUUCUGUUCCCUAAAGGUUCAUGGGGGGCCGUUUGCCCAUUGCUUUGUUACACGUGUUGCACAAUUGGUUUUAAAAGACAAGUUGAAAAUAGGGAAUUGCAGCCUAGGAAGCACGCUGUCAUUGAGAAAACAUUUGUCCCUAUUCCUGAGGUGAAGAAAACUCUCCACAGCCCUGCAUGGGGAGACUGUGUAACGGUUCUGCUGCCUGUAAUUACGAAGCAUGCCUUGUUUGCGUUUGUCUUUCCCACAGCUGUCCACGCGUCCAAAUAUUUAUGCAGGGCAGCAUGCUUUUAAAUAAAACUUGUUUGCUCGCUGUCUUUAAAUCCGUGGUCAUUUAUUUCGAGGACACAUAUACGGAUACGCUAUUCAUCAGCCGUUUGCUGAGCAAAU